UCUUUGAUGGUCUUUCUUGCUGGUUGGGGUUAAAUUGUUUUUGUGUUAGCUGAAACUGCCCUAGAAAAGCUGCUUCCUCUUCUCUCUUCUCUCUCUCUCUCUCUCUCUCUCUCUCUCUCUUUUUCUCUUUUCAUUUUCUCUUCCUUUUCUUCGCCAAUCGAACCGCUUUUUAGGGUUUUUCAGGGGGGGUAUUCUUCAGGAUAUCAAAUCGAAUCUGCGUACCGAAGUUUGAUUCACUUAUCCAAUUUGAUUCUCUAUUCAUCUAUCUGGUCGGUUACUGAGUUGUGCUUAUGAUGAUUGGAGGGGUUUUAUAUGGUGAGAAUUUUUUUGGGUUGAGAGGUUGGCGAACCUGAUUUAUUUUGGGGGUUUGAGCUGGAGUUUUAGCUGAAUUUUGUGAGGAAAUGGAGAUUUGAUUGGGUUAGGGUUUGGAUUUUGUUUGCGUAAGUAUUUCGAUAUAUACCUAAUUAUGGCUUUUUUAUUUGUGAAAACCAAACGAAAUGAAAUGAAAAAAAAAAAAAAUUGUUUAUAAAUGUUUUGGUUUUUGUUUUGUGGUUAUUAGUUGACUCAUCAAGGAAUAGUUAGAAGUUUUGAUUGGUGAAGAAACAGCAUCUGGGUUUGAACUGUAAAGUAUGGGAUGCUAAGUUUCGUUAUGUUGUAGUUGCUUAUGGAAACACUAAAGUGAAUAAGAGCAUCGCCUAGUUGUGUUGCAAUUCAACGCUUCUGAAAGAGAGUUGCAUCUUUAUGCCCCCUUGGUGAUUAGCGGUCCUGGCUGUUCUGCUUUUGCUGCUAUUUGUGAUUGAGGUUGCCUGAAUUAUUUUUGAGGUUUUAAAAUGCCAAAGGAGAGAAGAGAUCGUUCUGUUUCUCGAGAUAGCUGCAGAGUAUCCCCAUUUCCAUGUAGCUCUAGUCCUAGAACACUAGCCAAAAUUCCUUCUGAAAAUGAGGAAAAUGUGAAAGAAUGGGAAGAUGCAAGAUGCCCUGUCUGCAUGGAACACCCUCACAAUGCAGUUCUCCUCAUAUGUUCAUCCCAUGAGAAGGGGUGCAGGCCUUACAUGUGUGACACGAGUUACCGUCACUCCAAUUGUCUAGAUCAAUUCCGCAAAUCUUUUGCAGCUGAAACCCCAUCAACUGUACUACAACAAGAAGAAAUGCAGCUCCCAGCUACCCACUUGUCCCCUGCUGAGACAUCAGAAUCAACAGUUACUGAUCUGUCAGAAUCAACAGAUACUGAUCUGUCAGAAUCAACAGUUACUGAUAUGCAAGAAGAAAUAAUUGAGGAAGGUACCCCCACCUCUUGUGAAAAUCAGACACCGGCAAAGCUUUUGUGCCCGCUGUGUCGUGGUCAGAUAAAAGAGUGGAUUGUUGUGGAGCCUGCUCGUCGUUUCAUGAAUGCAAAGUCAAGAAGUUGUUCUUGUGAAACGUGUAAUUUUAGCGGCAGCUAUACUGAUCUUAGGAAGCAUGCAAGGCUGGAGCACCCAUUAGUCCGACCAUCAGACGCAGACCCAGAGCGACAGCGUAAUUGGAGGAGAUUGGAGCACCAAUGGGAUCUUGGUGACCUUCUCAGCACACUUCAAUCAACAAUGGCGGGAGAUGACAGGGAUGGCACCAUUUUACCUACUGAUGAUGGGAGUUGGCUGACUGUAUUUUUUCUGAUUCGAGUUUUUCGACCUGGGUCAACUGGUUCCUCUUCAAGGAGCAAUAGCUGGUCUGGUGCGUCAAGAACUAGAUUGAGGAUCAGAAGGAGGCCUUCUAGGCUCUGGGGAGAGAGCUAUGAGGAGGGAGCCAGAUCUGCUUCAAGAGAAGAGGAAAAUGAGUCCUCAGACGAUGGAUCAGGUUCUUGGAGGCCACGUCAGCGCAUCCGCCGACGGACAACACCAGACAACCUUCCAUGAUGACACUAUUGGUGGCAUCUGUUGUAUUGUUUUAGUUUUCAGGUUUCAAAAGCGGAACAGAGAUGAUUUGAAGCCUUUUCGCUUGUAACUCUGAUUCUGUUCCACACAUACUGUUCCACUGAUUGUGGAAUUGUUGGAAUCUAUCAAGGGUGAAAAAGAAUUGUAAUUUCUUGAACUUUUUAUUAAUCUAUUUGUUUUCUUUUUCUAUA